GUCCCAGUUCCCAAGCCUCUGAACGGAAUGAAAGAGCUCGGCUCACUCUCUCCAUCAGCACCAUCCGCUACAGCAUCCGUACCGCCCGCUACCGUUUGUUUGACCGCAGCCCAUCACAACAAACACUCACACACAAGCAGGUUAACGUUGUUAAGGAGUCCAGUUCCACACCAACUAACGUUCCGUCCGUACGCGUGCCUGAAACAACCAUGAAACUGGCUUUGUUCGAGUUAAUGAGAAUGAAUAGGAUCUGCAGGAUGGUUCUGGCUACUUGUUUGGGCUCCUUUAUCCUGGUUAUCUUCUAUUUCCAAAUAAUGAGAAGAAAUCCAUUUGGAAUGGACAUUUGUUGUAGGAAAGGAACCCGAAGCCCAUUACAGGAACUGUAUGACCCCACACAGAUGGAAUACUCUAGCUUAGCGCUCAUUCACCAAGGGAGGAGGGACCAGGUUGCAGAUACUUGCCGUGUUGCCAGUGCAUCAAGUAGAAAGCGUCGUGUUUUAACACCAGCAGAUCUUCGACAUUUAGUGGUAGAUGAAGACCAUGAAAUGAUCUACUGUUAUGUGCCCAAGGUGGCCUGCACAAAUUGGAAAAGAGUUAUGAUGGUUCUGACUGGAAGGGGUAAAUACAGUGACCCCAUGGAAAUACCAGCAAAUGAAGCCCAUGUACCGUCAAACUUGAAAACUCUCAACCAUUACAGCAUUCAAGAAAUUAAUCACCGUUUGAAAAACUACAUGAAGUUCUUAUUUGUUCGGGAGCCUUUUGAAAGACUGGUGUCAGCCUAUCGAAAUAAAUUUACUCGGAAGUAUAACACAUCAUUUCAUAAGCGGUAUGGAACAAAAAUUAUCAGACGCCAAAGAAAAAAUGCAACACAGGAGGCCUUGCGCAACGGUGAUAGUGUGAAAUUUGAAGAAUUUGUGGCCUACCUUAUUGAUCCUCACACACAGAAAGAGGAGCCUUUUAAUGAACAUUGGCAGACAGUUUAUUCGCUGUGUCAUCCUUGCCAUAUCCACUAUGACAUUAUUGGGAAAUAUGAGACAUUAGAGGAAGAUUCAAACUAUAUUCUUCGACUCGCGGGCAUGGGUGACUACUUGAAGUUUCCCACAUAUACCAAGUCUACCAGAACUACAGAUGAAAUGACAGCUGAAUUCUUUCAAAAUAUUAGCUCAGAACAUCAAACACAGUUGUAUGAACUCUACAGACUUGACUAUUUAAUGUUCAACUACUCAGUACCAACUUACCUGAAACUGGAAUAAAAAUAAAGCCUGCUUUAUUUAUGUUUUAUUUUGUCAUAACUGUAUGACUAUUUUUUUUUUAAAUUAAAUGUUUUUUUAAGUGAGAUAUUGCUGCGAGCAGCACAAUCAGAAUUAUUUAAGUAUCUUUGUAAGAAAGGACAGCUCUUUUUGCAGGGUAACGAUAUUGUAAUUUAGUGUUAAAAUAAUUAUAGCUAUACUAUUUUAAAUGAAAAUGCAUUAUCUUGCAGGUUCAUUUAAAAUGUGGCCACUGCACAAAUUGUAACUAAUGUUAUUUAUAUAUACGUUUUUUAAAUUAAACAUGUUCAGUGGGCAGGGUUCACUUUAGUAAUUAAAAAAAGGAAUAGUGAAAGAAAAUGUGUAUAGUAAUCAUAUUCUUAUACUGUAGAUCUGAAAUACAGACACCAGUUUGUAACUGCUGUUCUGUAGUGCCAGAGAUUAAAGGAAAAUUAGCCACACUUGCAAGUCGCAAUAUGUGUACCUUGCACUGUCAAAAAAGCGAGAACAGAAAGUUGCUCACUCAACAAUACAUCACAUAAAUUUCAUACCUUUUAAAUUAGAAAGAGUUUGGUGUAACACAAUAUUAAAACUAGAAUGGCUAGGAUUUUAGCAGCUUGAUGGCUAUUUCAGUAGCUGUUUAAAGUUGCAGGUCGUUACAGUACUGGUGGAUGAAGAUCGAAUGCUCAAGCUUCUGCUGCCCGAGGUUCAGCUUGCCAGUGAUUGGACUUCUGCCAUAGAAAAUCACUGUCGGUGAAUUUUGCCAUCAGUGAUUUUGAAUUUCCCCCUUCAUAAAGUCGGUGCAACUGUGGAGUUGCUAUAUAUAAAUUCGGACUAUGGUGGGCUUGCCCCUGCAAAAAAAAAAAAUCACUUUAAAAAGUGUUGUUCUACAGUUUUUUUUUUUUUUCAGGAAAUGCAGUUUGGGGAUUCUGAUGCUGAGUGCAUUUGCUUUCGUCCAUUCAUAGUGGAAGUGUUACAAGUACUAAACUCAAGUAGCCAAGUAUUUGAGUAUAAUUUUCUGGUGUUUUGGCAAAGUAUAGUAGCUUUUUCACAAUUCAGUGACUCAAAUUCAGACACAUCACUUGUAUGAGGUAUGUAAAAGUUCAUACAUUUCUGCCGAUACAUUUAAAAGCUGAAGAAUGUACUUCAGCAUGUUUAUGUUGUUGAUUUGUUUUUAUAUUUGGCAGGUUUUUUUACAGUUCUGCAUCAAAGUAUGAGGCAGAACUUUAGGCAUUCUUGUCACCAGUGAAUUUACAGAAGUGCAGAAUAGGGGGUGCAGUUCAUUCUGUCAAACAAUUAGUUUGUUGACAGGGUGUAUUGCCGUGGAAAAAGAUCAAAAGGACACUUUUUGAGUGCUGGUGGUAUUGAAAGGAGGUCGCUUAAGUAUUUGUGGUUCUGGUAAGUAUGGGAUUGUGCUUUAAAGCUGAAAGUUUUGUAUACACCAAAUGUUUUGGCAUUAGGGAUGGGAGUAUGCAUGAAAGCUUUUGCUAGUUAGGUUUAGAGUAAGGGCAAUGGAAGGGAUAGAGUUAGUGUUGUGCAUUUCUACUGGUGUACGUGACAUGCUGAGUGUCCUGUUUAUUGGUAAUGUUAUAGAAAGGGUUUUAUUUGUAAGGUAAGGUGUAAGGCAGACUUUAGGGCAGAGGCAGUGUUACCAUUAGCACACAUUAGUAAGGUGGUGCACAGGGGCAGACACUACCACUGUUCAAAGUGUGCCUGAAGGUGUCGGUCGGGUGUUCUUAACUGAUAGCUAAAGGAAAUUAUUUGUUUUCCUUUUAAGAUUAGUUGCAGUUUUGAUCCUUUCACUUUUUUUGUAAGUUUUGUUUUCAAUGUGGCAGCAUUGAUUUAUUGUGUUUUUGUGCUUCUGCACAUUGAUAUAGCAAUAUAUACUUAAAACAGGUAACAGGCAAGUUUUACAGAAGGACACACACAGACAUGCACAAACCCACAUACAUAUAUAUAUAUAUAUAUAUAUAUAUAUAUAUAUAUAUUAUAUAAAUAUACACACACACGUAUAGGAUAAGGCUGAAUGUUCACAAAUCUACAGUCAUUCAGACCUUAGGUUAUCCAUGGGGACAGUAAGAAAACAAAUGCUGCAUAAAUAACAGAAGUAGAGCUAAACAAAAUCCAUUGUUUGCUUUUUUUCCUUGAAAGCAUAUUUAUUAUUAUUAUUAUUAUUAUUAUUAUUAUUAUUAUUAUUAUUAAUUGUUUUAACAACAUGCUGGCAACCCUUUGCAAAUACAUUGGCAUGUUCAUUAAAGAUACAUUGUAUCUGUUAUCUAAUGGCAACAGAUAACAUGCUGCACACAUUUUUCUUGUUGUUAUAGCCUUUGAUACGACAGACGGUAUGUCCAGUGUACUAACAAGAAGUGGUGUAACUACUCUGGCAAUUCUUGUGCCACUAGCCCUGUGUUCAGCUGACUUGACCAGACAAGUAUAUAAUAUGCUGUGUACCUGUCACAAGAGUCGCAUACUCGUACAAGGUUAUAUUUUUUAUGUUGCCUGUGACCAAACUGCAUUGUAUUAUAAACUUGGAAAUAUUAAUAAUUUCAAAGAAAUCCUCUAUGACAGGCUGUCCUUGCUGAGCCAUGUGUCACUUUUUUAUUAAUAGUAAGCAUAAAGGAGUGAGUUACACUGUAACCCUACCAUUUAAACAAAGCACUAUUCCCAUGUUUUUGGGGAAAAUGCCUACAUGAUUUGUAAGGUAUUAUAACAUAAAAUUAAUGACAAUGUGUAAAAAUUAUCAAAAAGAACUUUCAGAAAUCUACAAAUGAAUCAUAAAAAGAAGGAAAAAAUGCAUCUGGGACAAAAGUGUACAGAUGUCUUUCAAAGAAGGUGGUUUAUGAUAAAUAACGUAGGCAGUGCCCAUGAUUUAAGUAAUAUGCUGUGUGUACUGAUGUACCAUUACCUCAUUGUGUACUAGUGAGCAUUCAUUUCAGAACUAUUAUUCUUUUGUUUGUUUGUUUUUUUGUUUUGUUUUGUUUUUUUUUGAAUGAGAACACACACAUAUCUUCUCCUUGGUACGGAUAUCUCGAAGUAUGAGUAUUUUGUAAGGUUUUCCAUUAAAUGUUGGCUUUGGGUGAGCACUGCUACGAAAAGUUAGUGGUUCUUGCUUCACUCUACAGAGACCAAGCACUGAUUAGCGACCCCAGCAGUCUACAUUUUUAACAAUUAAGUCUUAAAAAUCGGUAGUUUCGUAAGAAACUUAACAUUUUAAAUGUGAAAUGAGCAACCAUUACUAACUAACUGUUCAUUCUAUGAUAUUUAAAGUAAGUAACCAAAUGAAACAAAGUAAUUGAUCUUUCAGUACUUCGUAUUAAAACCAUAGUUAAAUGAAGCAAAAGAAAUUCCAAGUACCUUUUGCUGAUUUAAACAAAUGAGCAGGAAUUUUCAUGUGUUUAAUGUUUCAUUGUACAAAAGUAUGUGCUAAUUUAUUGUUGACACUGUAUGUUUUACUUGAAAACUGUGGCAUUUUCACCUUAUUUGAUAUUUGUACAGAGAGCCUUUGGAAGUGCCUAUUUUAAUCAGUGUUUUCAUCACAUACACAGUUUUGAUAUUGCAUAAUUGCCAUUGUUUCUCACUUUGUACAAAUAUUGUAUAUUACUGUAUAGUUUAUUUUAGUAUUAUAUUUUAUUUCUUGCAAGAUUUUAUGCUGUUAAGUAUUUAUGAUAAAGGCCAUGCCGGUUUGCAGCCUUCUAAUCCUUCCUUUACCCAUUUAAGGAAUACAUGUCAUCUCUGCUGAAUUAGAAUUUGUGAGCAUAGUCUUGUGAAAAUACAUUCCUAUUUAUUUUAUUGCAUUGUUCUCUUUCUGACCUGUAAUAUAGUAACUGAUCUGUAGUAGGUAGCAGUUUACUUUCGUUUAGCUAUUUAGUAAGUAAUCCUAUUAAAUUUAGGUUAGCUAUGAAGAAAUCUGAACUAUAGCAUGUGAGUGUUGGUACAGGAUAAAAGUAACAAGCCACGACAGAUAUUAGCAAAGAAGGAAAUGAUAACAGAACAAAAAUAUAUAUGACAAAACUGCACUUUUUUGGGUACAAAAGAGACUGUCCUUCCUCUAUUCAUUUUAUUACAGUGUUAUUUUCUUACAUGCAUGCACAUUAAUAUAUGUACAUAUAAUUUAACAUCUAUGUGAGUGUUUUGAUUUUUACCUGUUUGCAUGCAGUUAGAAGGUUUGCUAUGGACUGAUCUCCUCUUAGCAGAAUACACUGUAAAAACAAAAUAAAUAAGCUGAUAUCUGCAGUUCCAACAACUAUGUGAAUCAUAAAUAGCCUUUUCAGAAAACAA